CAGUCCACCCUGGCAACAGAGUGAGACUCUGUCUCAAAAAAAAAAAAGCAAACUGUUACUUGAAGAUGUGCUAGAACAUCAUCUUCCCAAGUUUUAGGGCAGGUGCCAUUCCAGAAACCAGGAUAUCUAUCAGGCUUUGUGGAGUUAGGGCUUCACCGUUUCCCGGAGAGCCCCCCAGGGCCUGACGAGGAAGGCUAGGGGAGUGUGGACGUCGUGCACAGCCCACACGACCCUCCCCCUGCAUGAACUUUGUCCCUCCAGCCCCGCGGAAAUCAAGGAGAUCCUGCAUCUGGCUGGACUCAGCGAGCUGGAAGUGAUUCCACUGGUACAGACUUUUGGGCACAUGGAGAUUAGAAACAGGAGCCCCAGGUGGGCAGGAGGAGCUCAGCCCAGCUCCUCCGCCCCCAACACGAGCGCCUCUGUGUCUCUGCAGUUUGUGCUGAAGCACGCGGCCUUCGCCCACUUACGGGAGGUGGGUCCCCUCCCCUGCACCCUGAACCCCCACGAGGCGGAGUCCCUGGCACUAGUGGGCGCCAUGAUCGACCAGGUCCUGGAGCUGCACCCAGGCGCCCAGCGGCUGCACGUCGGGUGUGAUGAGGUCUAUUACCUCGGAGAGGGGGAGGCCUCACGCCGGUGGCUGCAGCAGGAGCAGAACAGCACAGGGAAGCUGUGCCUGUCACACAUGCGGGCGGUGGCCAGCCACGUGCGGGCCCGGCGCCCUGGCGUGACGCCCCUGGUGUGGGAUGACAUGCUACGGGAGCUGCCUGAGGACCAGCUCGCAGCGUCUGGGGUGCCGCAGCUGGUGGAGCCGGUGCUCUGGGACUACACGGCCGACCUGGAUGUGCAUGGCAAGGUCCUCCUCAUGCAGAAGUACCAGCGGUGCGGCUUUCUGCGGCUGUGGGCAGCCAGUGCCUUCAAGGGUGCCACAGGGCCCAGCCAGGCCCUGCCCCCCGUGGAGCACCACCUCAGGAACCACGCACAGUGGCUGCAGGUGGCGGGCAGCGGACCAACCGACGCACUGCAGGGCAUCAUCCUGACCGGCUGGCAGAGGUACGACCACUUCUCUGUGCUGUGUGAGCUGCUCCCUGCAGGAGUCCCGUCCCUGGCCGCCUGUCUGCAGUUGCUUCUACGGGGAGGGUUUGAUGAAGAUGUUAAAGCAAAAAUGGAGAACCUUCUCGGGAUUUCCAGCCUGGAAAUAACAGACCCUGUGAGGGAGGGGGCCGGCUCUUUCCCUGGCAGAAGCAUCCUUGCCCUUGUCACACAAGUCAGCCUCCAUCUGCGCAGCUCUGUGGACAUGCUGCUGGAGGGCAACAGGUACGUAACCGGCUGGUUCAGCCCCUACCACCGCCAGCGGAAGCUCAUCCACCCGGUCAUGGUCCAGCACAUCCAGCCCGCAGCACUCAGCCUCCUGGCGCAGUGGAGCACCCUUGUGCAGGAGCUGGAGGCCGCCCUGCAGCUGGCUUUCUACCCGGACGCCGUGGAGGAGUGGCUGCAGGAGAAUGUGCACCCCAGCCUGCAGCGGCUGCAAGCUCUGCUGCAGGACCUCAGUGAGGCAGCGGCCCCCCAGCCCCCGCCCACCGGCCCUGCUGGGGGUGCUGCUCAGGACCCGAGGGGAGAGCUCGUGCCUGCGCUAGGGGGCUCUGCAGCCAACUGUCGGCCUGGGCAAAAGGGGCCCAUGUAGGUAUCGUGCCCUCUGGCCCAGCAGUGUCUGGCCCACACACAGUUCCUGCGGGCCCUGGGCAGCCCCAUGGGGGAAGAGACUAGAAAACACAGAAGGAAGCAGCACAGAGAGACCCACUCUGUGAUCUGACGUAUGACACCAAUUCUGAAAUAAAGAGUGGAAGCCACAGUUA